AUAGUCGGGGGCUAUUCUCUCUCCCAGGAACAUGGCGGCGAGUCAGGGAGUUGGUGGUAACAGUGGGGGCAGCGGUUGUGGUGGAGGUGGAAGUAGCGGUAGCGGUGGUGGUGGCACGGCGGGAGGAGGUAGUGGAGCUGGAGUGGGAGGCGGCAGUGGGACCCUAGUGCUGCCCAUCCCGGUACCGACUCUUUUCGGUCAGCCUGUCUCCAACGGGCCGCAGUGGAACCCCGGGAGCUUGCAGCCUCAACACACUGCGAGGAGCCUGGACCGGGCCCUCGAGGAGGCUGGCAACUCCGGCAUCCUUAGCCUCAGUGGUAGGAAACUCCGAGAGUUCCCGGGCAAUUGCUACGACCUGACGGACACCACUCAAGCAGAUCUUUCAAGAAAUCGUUUUGCAGAAAUUCCUUCUGAUGUCUGGUUAUUUGCACCCCUUGAAACAUUAAAUUUAUAUCAUAAUUGCAUAAAAACCAUUCCUGAACCCAUUAAAAACCUGCAGAUGCUAACAUACCUUAACAUCAGUCGAAAUCUUUUAUCAGCAUUGCCAAAAUACUUAUUUGAUCUUCCUCUUAAAGUCUUGGUUAUCAGUAAUAAUAAAUUGGUAUCCAUUCCAGAAGAAAUUGGGAAGUUAAAAGACUUAAUGGAAUUGGAUAUUAGCUGCAAUGAGAUUCAGGUUCUUCCCCAACAAAUGGGGCAAUUACAUUCACUGAGAGAGCUCAAUAUAAGAAGAAAUAAUCUUCAUGCAUUGCCAGAUGAAUUAGGAGAUCUUCCCUUAGUCAAGCUGGAUUUCUCUUGUAAUAAAGUGACCGAAAUUCCAGUUUGUUACAGAAAGCUACAUCAUUUACAAGUAAUAAUUUUGGAUAACAAUCCAUUGCAAGUACCACCAGCGCAGAUAUGUUUAAAGGGUAAAGUACACAUAUUUAAAUACUUAAAUAUCCAAGCAUGUUGCAGAAUGGAUAAAAAACCAGAUUCUCUGGAUCUUCCAUCACUGAGUAAAAGAAUGCCCUCCCAGCCUCUCACAGACAGUAUGGAGGAUUUUUAUCCAAAUAAAAAUCCUGGUCCUGACUCUGGAAUUGGAAGUGAUAAUGGAGAGAAACGAUUAUCUGCAACAGAACCAUCAGAUGAUGACACAAUCAGCCUUCACUCUCAAGUCUCAGAAUCAAAUAGAGAACAGACAUCAAGAAACGACAGUCACUCAACUGGAAGCAAACCUGAUUCUCAGAAAGACCAGGAGGUGUAUGACUUUAUUGACCCCAACACAGAAGAUGUAGCAGUUUCUGAACAAGGAGAUACACAUGUUGGAUCCUUUGUUUCUUUCCAUAAGGGAAAAGAAAAAGGCACUGAAAAACCUCAGAAAAAUGAAGAAUUAGGAGAUGAAAAAAGACUUGGAAAAGAACAGUUACUUGCUGAGGAAGAGGAUGAUGAUUUGAAGGAAGUAACUGAUUUGAAGAAAGUAGCCGCUCAGUUAUUGCAGCAAGAACAAAAGAACAGUGUCUUAGCAGAUGAAGUUAAUUCACCAUUAUCACCUUUCUCAUGGAAGCCCUUAGAAAAUCAGAAGGAUCAAACAGAUGAACAACGGUGGCCAGAAUCUCAACCUAUAAUUUGGCAUAGUGAAGAAAGGAGGCGGAGCAAACAGAUUAGAAAAGAAUAUUUCAAGUAUAAAUCAUCAAGGAAGAGUUCAAGUGGCAAUGAAAAUGAUGAGCAAGACAGUGAUAAUGCUAAUGUCUUACCACAAUCUUCAAUAUCAUCUGAGGAAUAUGAUAAAACUGAUGGUUUUUCACAUGGUCCUUUUGGCUUGAAGCCUAGAUCAGCUUUUAGCCGCUCAUCUCGCCAGGAAUAUGGGGCAGCGGAUCCUGGAUUUACAAUGAGAAGAAAGAUGGAACAUUUACGGGAAGAACGAGAGCAAAUACGACAACUUCGCAAUAAUCUUGAAUCCAAGUUAAAAGUAAUUUUGCCUGAUGACAUUGGAGCUGCACUCAUGGAUGGGGUUGUUCUUUGUCAUUUAGCCAAUCAUAUAAGGCCACGCUCUGUAGCUAGUAUUCAUGUGCCAUCACCAGCGGUGCCUAAACUGAGCAUGGCAAAAUGUCGAAGAAAUGUAGAAAACUUUCUUGAUGCUUGUAAAAAGUUGGGUGUCUCACAGGAAAGACUCUGUUUGCCUCAUCAUAUUUUGGAAGAAAGAGGUCUUGUGAAAGUCGGUGUCACAGUUCAGGCUCUUCUUGAAUUACCUAUGGCCAAGGCAUCUCAGCUUUCUACAGCUUAAUAUAACAUUUAAAAAUCAUAAGUGUAUAGUUUCAUUUAUUUGAAGUGAUUUCAAGUUACUCAAAUUCAUG